CCCGCCUGCCGGCUUCUCGCAGCCCGCGCUCGGCGUCCGCGCUCGCCCUCCGCCGGCCCGCCGCCCCCGGCCCGCGCCCGGCGCCCCAGCCUCGCGCCCGAUGGUGAGCAGCGUGUUGUGCCGCUGCGUGGCCUCCCCGCCGCCGGACCCCGCCGCCGCCACCACCACCAGCACCUCGUCGUCGCCGGCUGCCGUGGGGGACCCGUGCGGCGGCGCCGUCUGCGGGGGUCCAGACCACCGGCUGCGUCUGUGGAGCCUCUUCCAGUCGCUGGACGUCAACCGCGACGGCGGCCUGUGUGUCAACGACCUGGCCGUGGGCCUGCGGCGUCUGGGCCUGUACCGCACCGAGGGCGAGCUCCGGGGGCUGCCCGCGGAGCUGAAGUCCAUCUUCAAGCUCAGCGUCAUCAUCCCCUCGCAGGAGUUCUCCACCUACCGCCAGUGGAAGCAGAAAAUCGUGCAGGCUGGCGACAAGGACCUUGACGGGCAGCUGGACUUUGAGGAGUUUGUACAUUACCUCCAGGACCACGAAAAGAAGCUGCGACUGGUGUUUAAGAGUUUGGACAAGAAGAACGAUGGACGGAUCGACGCCCAGGAGAUCAUGCAGUCCCUGCGGGACCUGGGGGUCAAGAUAUCCGAGCAGCAGGCGGAAAAGAUCCUCAAAAGCAUGGAUAAAAAUGGCACAAUGACCAUCGACUGGAACGAGUGGCGGGACUACCACUUGCUGCACCCCGUGGAGAACAUCCCCGAGAUCAUCCUCUACUGGAAGCACUCCACGAUCUUCGAUGUGGGCGAGAACCUGACGGUGCCUGAUGAGUUCACGGUGGAAGAGAGGCAGACUGGGAUGUGGUGGCGGCACCUGGUGGCCGGCGGCGGGGCGGGGGCCGUGUCCAGGACCUGCACAGCCCCCCUGGACAGACUGAAGGUGCUCAUGCAGGUGCACGCCUCCCGCAGCAACAACAUGUGCAUCGUGGGUGGCUUCACACAGAUGAUCCGUGAGGGCGGGACCAAGGCCCUGUGGCGGGGCAACGGCAUCAAUGUCCUCAAGAUUGCCCCCGAGUCGGCCAUCAAGUUCAUGGCCUACGAGCAGAUCAAGCGUCUCGUCGGGAGUGACCAGGAAACCCUGAGGAUUCAUGAGAGACUUGUGGCUGGCUCCCUGGCCGGGGCCAUUGCCCAGAGCAGCAUCUACCCAAUGGAGGUUCUGAAGACCCGAAUGGCCUUGCGCAAAACUGGCCAGUACUCGGGCAUGUUGGACUGUGCUCGCAGGAUCCUGGCCAAAGAGGGGGUGGCGGCCUUCUACAAAGGCUAUGUGCCCAACAUGCUGGGCAUCAUACCCUAUGCCGGCAUCGACCUCGCUGUCUACGAGACACUCAAGAACACAUGGCUGCAGCGCUACGCAGUGAACAGCGCAGACCCCGGCGUGUUCGUGCUGCUGGCCUGUGGCACCGUCUCCAGCACCUGCGGCCAGCUGGCCAGCUACCCCCUGGCCCUGGUGAGGACCCGGAUGCAGGCACAAGCGUCCGUGGAGGGCGCCCCGGAGGUGACCAUGAGCAGCCUCUUCAAGCACAUCCUGCGGACCGAGGGGGCCUUCGGGCUGUACCGGGGGCUGGCCCCCAACUUCAUGAAGGUGAUCCCAGCCGUGAGCAUCAGCUACGUGGUGUACGAGAACCUCAAGAUAACCCUGGGUGUGCAGUCGCGGUGACGGCCCCGGGACACGGAACCAUCUCAUUCUGUGAAUGUGCCAACACUAAAGCCGACUGAGCCAAGCUGGGAGAAUGGGGCAAAUGGCGUGGGGGAGAGCUGGCAGGAAGGCCGUGGGCACAGCUUGGGCACAGGCGUCUCUUGUGGCGCCUGCAGAUGGCGGCAGGCCCCUAGGCAGCUCCCAUCUGCUCUCCUUGAGGUCGAAUCAGCCUUCCCCAUCGCUUCCUGCUCUGCUGGUCUGACUGGGGAGCAGGGGCUGGCAGCCCCCACCCUCCACACCUGCAGCCACAGUACUGACCUGUGCGGGCACCGCGAUGGGGUCUGGCUCAGGUGCCCACCCUCUUCUGAAUUCAUGCACACAUGGGCACCUGGACAUGGCGUGUGCAUGAGGGUCGCACGACUGCCCAGAGCCUCUGCUCUGACCCAGCCCACCGUGGGACCACUAACAGCGGACAGUCGGGUUCAGGGUGGCGGGCAGAAGGGGCACCCCAGCAAGAUGAGACCACAGCGACAGCAGCCUUAACUGUGAUGCUGGGGAGAAGGUUCUGUUCAGAAGGGAGCUGGGUGAGCAGCAGCCCUGUGCUUCUGGAGGGAGGACAGGAAGUGAGCCUCCCGCUGUCCCGCGAGUGAGUCUGUGUGGGCGCCCUGGGUGGGGCUGGGGAGCUGUGGCCCAGCUUGUGGAGCCCAUGGGACCAGCUUCACAUUCCACUGACGCCACGUGUCACUGCUUGGAGCCUAUUUAUUUUGUAUUUAUUUGAACAGAGUUAUGUCCUAACUAUUUUUAUAGAUUUGUUGAAUGGAUAGCCUGUCAUUUUCAAGUUCAUUUUUUUAUUCAUAUUUAUGUUUACGGUUGGUUGUACCUCCCGACACCACCUGGUGGCGCUGUGGAGGCACCACCCGCUGCCCAUGCGGAUUUACAGAGAAAUGAGGCCAGAAGGGAGGCGGCCUGGUCCUGGGUGGGAGACAUUGUGACAGGCCAGGUCAGGGCUGGCCCCCAGUGGCCCCCAGGCAGCCUCAGGAGCCCAGGGCCAGAGGUGGGGCUUGGGGG